AUGUUAUUGCUUACAGGGCCUCCUGGACCUCCAGGACCGAUGGGUCCACCUGGUGCAUCAGGAAACAACGGCUCCCCGGGCAGCUGCGACCACUGUCCGCCAGCACAAACUGUUGGCAGUAAUAAGUGUGAAAAACCCGAGAAGUAA